AUGGCCAGAACCAAGCAGACAGCCCGUAAGUCCACCGGCGGGAAAGCUCCCCGCAAGCAGCUGGCCACUAAGGCCGCCAGGAAGAGCGCCCCCGCCACUGGCGGAGUCAAGAAGCCUCACCGCUACCGGCCCGGGACCGUCGCUCUCCGGGAGAUCCGGCGCUACCAGAAGUCCACCGAGCUGCUCAUCCGGAAGCUGCCCUUCCAGCGCCUGGUGAGAGAGAUCGCCCAGGACUUCAAGACCGACCUUCGCUUCCAGAGCUCGGCCGUCAUGGCCCUGCAGGAGGCCAGCGAGGCUUACCUGGUCGGGCUCUUCGAGGACACCAACCUCUGCGCCAUCCACGCCAAGCGGGUCACCAUCAUGCCCAAGGAUAUCCAGCUGGCCCGCAGGAUCCGAGGGGAGAGGGCUUAGAUCUGCGCCCCGCACCCAACAAAGGCUCUUCUCAGAGCCGCCACCUCCUCCAGAGA